AUGCCUGUUUCACAAAGUUCUACUUUGUUGCUCAGCAUGACAAUUUUAUUCACGAUUCAGUCGCUACCUCCAACUCAGGCGAUGUGUUUCAGCAAAAGCAGAAUAGGAUUUGAGAAAUGUAAGUAGGAAUCCAUCCUCUGUUCACGUGUAAUAACCACCGUAUUGUUUCUUUUUCUUGGUUUUGUAUCAUUUGUUUUUUUCCCUAUUUUAAACUCUUUACUUGAUACUCUUAAUCGAAGACCAAACUAUUAUCUUGUCAUCUUUAAAAGCUAGGAACUGUGCUGAGGUCAAAGAAUCAGCGGUGUGUCUACAAUUGACCCAGAUCAUAUUACUAUUAUGAUUAUUAUAAUUUUUUUCUUUUCUGGACACCUCACGACUGGUUGAGAGUAGCGAAUACGUUACGCACUCUAUGAGAGUGGGUUAAAAUAGUUCAAAUCUUGGAAACUGUUUUUAAUGCAUUAUCGGGCUUAGGGUAUCAUUGGUGAUUGAUACGCCAGCAGUGUAGAGUCCAUGUCUUUCGGCUUUGGAAUCCGAAGGUCCUGGUUCAAAUAUCCAUUGGAAAAAUCAAAUUCACAACCCGUUUACCUGGCCUCUCGCUCGUGACAGGACAAAAAAACAUUUCGUCGAAGCCUUUUUUUUCUUCGAUCUUGAAGACUUGUCGAAUUUUGUGUAAAGUCUGACCGAGGAAUAGUGAUUUCACCUAAGAAAAUAACCAAAAAAUGAGCGUAAUUUGUGUCUUGAGCGAAAUCGAUCAACUGCAAAGUUUUAAGUGGCUUUCAAAUCGAGAACUUUUUUCUCCCAAUAGAUAAGAACUGCGCUGAGCUUUACAAAUGCGGCCAAACCAUCAGUGGUGUUUAUACAAUCGACCCUGAUAGUUUAGGUGCCUUUGAUGUGUAUUGUGAUCAAACGACAGCUGGUGGAGGAUGGACGGUGAUCCAGAAGAGAGUGAAUGGCAUUGUUGAUUUCAACCGCACCUGGAAAGAUUUUAAAAAGGGAUUCGGUGAUUUUCUCGUUCGUGGAUUUUGGCUCGGACUGGACAAGAUCCAACGCCUGACGCAAAACAAGACAGAAAAUAAACUCCGCGUGGAUCUGGGAGUAAAUGCGAGCAAAACUGUUCACGCUGAGUACAAAUGGUUUGGUAUUGAGAGUGAGAAAGUUCAUUACAAGCUACGCAUCGGCCAUUUUUCACGUAAGCUAGUCUAUUCUUCCCUAACGCAUGAUCAUUGUCAUAGGUGAUCAUUAUUAUCAUCACCCUUAAAUAUGGUGAGUCUCACAGCUCUUUACUUACAUGUCUCGAUCUCAAAGGAUUGUAUGCCAUGGAAAUAUCGUUGUUAUUCAUACAUUUUUAUAUUGUUAUGCAUAUCCCACUCGUGAGUCCAACCUUAAACGAUCCAUUUACCUGCAAGUUCCCUGUGACUUGGUAACAGUGACACAGCACUUGGUAACAGUAGCUCAUAAUUUUAUACACAUGUAGAAGCCAAAAAUAGACCAAGGAAGGACUCUUAACAAUUACGGAUGAUUGACAACUGUGAAGCUAAAAUAUAAUUAAAUUUUAUUCCUUCCUUUUUCUUGUGCAGAUGAUUAUAGUACUGCUUACGAUUCCCUCUCCAUUCAUAAUGGCACGUCAUUUAGAACAUGGGAUAAGAAUACAACUGGUUGCGCAUGUGAACAGAACGAUUGUGGAGGCUGGUGGUACCUGAACUUCGGUAAAACUUGUGGUACUUACUCAAAUCUUAACAGCAUCUAUAACAAAAUUCACUGGGCAAACUUAACCCCUUAUGCUAAAAGCAAUCCCACAACAUCUGAAAUGAAAAUCAGACCAGUGGACUUUCGAAUUCCCUAA